AUGUUCCAUGCUGCUGUUGUGCCUUGUGUUCGGAAGCGGUCAAAACCAGCGAGCGUCAGUGUCCCCAGGCAUGCGGUGAAGUUUAAGGAGGUCAGACUGUACCUCGUGGAGAGGAAAAUGGGCUCCAGCAGGAGAAGUUUUCUGAGCCAGCUGGCCAGAUCAAAAGGCUUUAUCGUGGAUGACAUCCUCAGUGAUGAUAUCACUCACGUCGUGUCUGAGGACAGCAGGGCAUCAUCCCUGUGGGCGUGGCUAAAGGGAUGCGGCCUGAAGAAUCUUUCCAAUAUGCAAGUCCUGCACAUCAGCUGGUUCACUGAAAGCAUGAGAGUGGGAACGCCUGCUCCUGUGGAGAACAGACACGUCAUUCAGGACACACCGCCUGCAUUGCAAGAAGGAUUGGCACCCACCCCCGUGGCUCUGGUUUCUCAGUAUGCCUGCCAGAGACGGACCAGCACAGACAACAAAAACAAGAUUUUGACAGAUGCUUUUGAAGUACUGGCAGAGAACUACAAAUUCAGUGACAACAAGAGUUCAUGCCUUGUCUUCAGCAGAGCUGCAUCUGUUUUGAAGAGUCUCCCAUGGACCGUGCAGUGUAUAGAGGCCACUCAGGGCCUGCCCUGCCUGAGGGAGAACACCAAGGCAGUCAUGGAGGAGAUCCUCCAAUUUGGCCAUUCAUUUGAAGUUGAGCGAACCCUCUCAAGUGAGCGGUAUCAGACCUUAAAGCUGUUCACAAGUGUGUUUGGGGUUGGACCAAAGACGGCAGAGAAAUGGUACCACAGGGGGCUGCGCUCAUUUCGUGACAUUCUGGCAGAACCCAGCAUUCAUCUCAACCGGAUGCAGCAAAGUGGUUUUCUGUAUUAUGGAGAUAUCUCAAGGGUUGUCACUAAAGCGGAGGCUCAAGCCCUGGGGAACAUUAUUGACGAAGCUGUCCGUUUGAUCACAUCGGACGCCGUAACAGCACUGACGGGUGGCUUCCGCAGGGGUAAGGAAUAUGGCCAUGAUGUGGACUUUAUUGUCACAACACAUGAAGUGGGGAAGGAGGAAUUUGUGCUGCGCCACAUCAUCGAUUGCUUCAAAAAACAAGGCAUUGUUCUUUACUGCGAUUACCAGGCCUCGACUUUCCACAUGUCAAAGCUGCCGUGCCAGAGUUUUGAGGCGAUGGACUAUUAUGCAAAAUGUUUCCUGAUCUUGCGAUUGGAGGCCAGCCAGGUGGAUGGAGGUCUCUCCUGUAAUGACGGGGACAACAGGGGAUGGAGGGCAGUGCGUGUGGACUUGGUGUCGCCACCGAUGGAUCGUUAUGCCUUUGCUCUCUUGGGAUGGACUGGCUCUACGCAGUUUGACAGAGACCUCAGGAGGUAUGCUCGGUUAGAGAGAAAGAUGACUUUGGACAAUCAUACUCUUUACGACACCACCAAGAGAGAGUACCUGACAGCUCGGAGCGAAGAGGACAUAUUUGCUCAUCUGGGUCUUGAGUACAUCGAGCCUUGUCAGAGAAAUGCGUAGGCAUCCAGCCCUCCUUGCGAUCUGUGACACUCGACAUCGUCGUUUGAUGCAUCUGCUUUCAAGUCUCACUCUUGCUUUUUUUUUUAACAUACAUUUGUUUAUUGCUGAUCCUUUUGUUGUUGAUGUUUUUUUGUGGAUUAAAUGCUUGUACAUGAUUCAUAAUGUUGCUCAUUCAUUCUUAUCAGGAAGAGAAUAAACAC